CACACUAUAGGUCUAGGAAAGACUCUCUCUCUUCAUGAUCUCCCCAUUCCUAAGUUUCCUUCUUUUUUGAGUGUUGGGUGGUGAGAAAAUCAACCUACAUUCACUGCUUCUAGUUUGCAGUUGACUGGCUUCUGCAUGAACCCCAUAAAUAGGUAGCCAUGGAGGGUCAUUUAUAUAUCUCAAACAGCUAGAGAUACAAAGUGGGUGUGUUCAUAGAGAAUAUAGUAAUCAAAAGAUUAUGCAUUUUCCCAUACAAAAAUACACAAGCGAAUAGUCACUUUCAGAAUGUCUUGGUUUUCCAUAAUAUUCAUUCUCUGUUUCACAUUUAUUGACCCUUCAGUGGCUGACCAUGGGAAGAAGGUUCCAUCUUCAUCUCCGUCUGCUGUUGUGGUUGGCACAGUUUUCUGUGACACUUGCUUCCAAGAAGAUUUCUCAAAGACUAGCCACUUCAUUUCAGGUGCAUCUGUUGUGGUAGAAUGCGGAGAUGGGAGCUUAAAACCAAGCUUCCAAAAGGAAGCCAAAACCAAUGAGCAUGGAGUUUUCAAAGUCCAUCUGCCCAUCUCAGUGAGCAAACAUGUCAGGAAAAUCAAGAGGUGUUCCGUGAGACUGAUCAGUAGCAGCGAGCCCUACUGUUCUGUGGCCUCCACAGCUACUUCAUCUUCACUCCGCCUCAAAUCAAGAAAGCAGGGAAUUCACAUAUUCUCAGCAGGGUUUUUCUCAUUCAAGCCUCUUAAACAACCGUAUCUGUGUAACCAGAAACCAAGCGUGGGAAACUCAAAGCAACUGGGUUCCAUAAAAUCUUUAUAUCCUCCUAAUGAUCCAAUCCAAUUCCCACCACCAAUUCAAACCCCAGACCUCCCACCCACAAAUCAGUACUAUUUCCCACCGCUUCCUCUACUUCCCACGCUUCCACCACUGCCACAACUCCCUCCUCUCCCACUCCUCCCUGGCCUACCAAAGUUUCCACCAAAACCCCAGUCCAAACUACCUCAAUCCUCCAUGAAUGCACCUCAACUGCUGAAUCAAAAACCAGCCCAUCCUGAGUUUUUCUUCCCUCCACUCAUACCAUCGCCUCCUCCGGCCUCCAUUGUUCCAUUGCCCCCCAACCCAUUUCAGCCUCCUCCCCUCCUUCCUCCCAACCCCUUUCAGCCUCCACCUCCAUUGAUUAACCUCCCACCCAUACCAGGCUUGACUCCCUCACCCCCACCACUAGCUUUCCCAUUUCCACUCCCUCCAUUCCCUUUCCCACCUCCACAUCGCUUUCCUAGAAUUCCACCAGCUUCUUCUUCAACAAACAAAGGAUCCCCAUGAUCAAACAGUUCCCAUAUUUGUACACUUCUCCUCUUAAUAAUUAUCUGUUGUCAAAUGUGGAUCACCCUUUUCCCCUUCUAUGAUAGUAAUCGUUUGCCCUCGAUUUCCAGAACAAUUGAUAAUAUUAUGCGUUGUGAGAAGGAUCAUAGGACACAAAAUAUUAUUGUACUUGGAAUAAUGUUGUAUUCUCUUCUUUCUUUC